AUGCCGAAGAAAGGUGGGAAAAAGUCUCGCAAGAUGAGUCGUAUGACUGAAGAGGAAAGGCUGCUCUUUAUGCAACAGAAGAUACUGUCUGAGGAAGAGCACAGUAAGAAGAAAGAAGAGAUGUUGAUGCAGUUCCUAAAGGACAAACUUGCCAAAGAGGAACAGAGCAGCCGUAUUAACUUGAACAAGCUGAACGUGCAGUGGCGCUCAGUCCUUAGGGAAGUAAAGGCCCAGGAACUGCGAGAGGAUAUUAAGAUCCUUAGCCAGACCUUUCUACGGGUUGUGGACUGUAAGGACAGUGUCAUUAAGUCCCUAGCAAAAGAUACUGAAGAGGCAGAAGAACAGUACAGCCAUGCACUGCGUAGCCAUCUGCAAAAUAUUGAUAGUCUACUGGAACUGCAGAGGGAGCGACUGAAUUUACUGGAGGAGGAAUAUCAGCAAGAACUGGAUGCUGUGCAACAGGAAUUUGAGACUGAGAGAAAGAUGAUCUUGCAGCAGAAAGAGACAGAAAAUACAUAUAUUCAGAAUGUAACGCUAGCUAUGGAACAGAACACCUUAGAAAGUGAGAACGAAGCCAAACUGGACUUCCAGAACACCAGAGAUGAGGUCAAAAACAAGAACUUGGAGGAGAAACAUGCCCUACGUGUCGUGUUGGAGGGAGCUGUGGAAAACCUGUGGAAACAGUUUCAGCAAGCUCUGAAAAACUACACUGAAUCCACAGAGGACCAGAAGAUUGCCUUUGAAGCCCUGAAAGCCAAAGAUGAGAAAACAUCCCAGGAAAUAGACAUGCAGAUGAAAAAGAUUAACAAGAUUCAGGAGUCAAUAGCUUUGCUGAGGAGCAAGAUCGCAGCACAUGCUCGUGAAAGUGGGCAGCAGAACCAACAGGUGCGAGAGGAGAAAGAAGUUAUUCUCAAGCAAUUUCAGAAACUGAAGAGUCAGAUGAACCAAGCCAGGACUGGAGAACACAGCCGUCUCACCUCACUGACCUUGCAGAGCAACGCUGCCUUGAAAGAACUAAAACGCCUAAUUGACAAGGGUGAUCACAUUCUUCGCCUGGCAGAGAUGUGUCGCAAAUUGGAGACUGAGGAGGAGAAGGUGUUGCCUUUCUAUACUUCUUCUCUCAGCGCGGAAGAAAAAGAAGAGGUAGAAAGAGCCACCAUGGAAAAACCUUCCGAGCAGCUGGCACUGCUAAUGAAUGAUUACACAGCCCUGGACCUCUUCUGGAAGAGAUACAACAAGGUACUGCUUGAACGCUGGGCUUUGGACCGUGAGAAAGUUGUUCUGGCUGAAGACAAUAAGAGGUUGCGCAUUUUGCUGAAGCAAUAUUUGGAUGGCAUCUCUGUGAGUGAUGAGGUCCUGUCUCAGGAUAACUCUCUGCUGAUACUAAACAACCAAAGCAUGUUGCAGCAGAAGCUUCCGUUGCAAGUUCCCGUCACUGACACAAGGGUUCGACGUCCAGUCCACAACGUCAUUGAAGCUGCUCACAUCGUCAGCCAUACUGUGAGCUAAUACCUGCUCAAAAUGAUUUUUUUAUGGCCCAACAGUGAAUACUUUAUUGUGUCACACCGCUGUCUAGUUGUCACAGACUUUCUGCUUACAGUGAAUGAUCUACUCUGUGUACUGGGUACAGUAUCCUUAGUUUUCAAUAAACUUGCAAGUCAAAAAA